AUGUACAAGUUCUCCUCUCAGCAUACGCAGGUGGAGGAGUUGCCAGAGGAGUCGCCGGAGGCGCACAUGCUGACAGAGGUAAAGCACAUUGUCGAUGCACUUAGGCUCUCAUUCUUACCAUUGAUGAAUGCGACGCCACAUAGGGAAAUGAACCUAUCAAGUGAGAGCAAGUGUUUGUUUGACCUCAAAUUUGAGGAUGGAGAGCUCAAAAUCCCGCAUUUGGUUCUUCAUGAUGGGACAGAAUCCCUUUUUCGGAACAUUAUUACCUUCGAGCAAUGUUACUACAAAAAUGCAAUUAAUAGGAAUUUAAUCAACUACAUGGUGUUCAUGGAUCAUCUGGUUGAUACCUCAGCCGACACAGAGUUGCUGAUGGACAAGGGAAUCAUCGAGAACUGGCUCAGUAAUAAGAAAGCUCAUACUGACCUAAUCAACGUCUUUUGCAAGGAAACUAGCAUGUUGAGAUAUGAAUACUACUUCCACAGCCUCAACAACGAGCUCGUCGAGCAUUGUCAAAGCCUUACAACAAGUGGAAGGCGACGCUCAAGCACGAUUAUUGCAGUAACUCGUGGAUCAUCAUCUCAGUUAUCGCCGCGGUGGCAUUGCUUUUGCUGA